GCAUCAAUGUAUGUAUAAAAUACCCCACCAUUUUUAGCAGUAUCUCCUUCUCUCUCCCUCUAACUUAAUCCAAAAUGAGUUCGGAGAGAGAAAGCUGCAACUCUCGCCACUUCACAUGGCUCAUGAAAUCUUGUUUCCCCAAUCCAAACCACACCACCACCACCACCACCGUCGCCAAACCACCGCAACAACCUCCCACCACCAUUUCCUCCCUCCCUGACGACAUCAUUCUCGACUUCCUCACCCGCGUCCCACCCUCUUCCCUCCCUUCCCUCUCCCUCGUCUGCCGCCGCUGGUCCCACCUCCUCCACUCCCCCGACUUCUCCGACCUCCGCCGCCGCCGCCACCUCCUCCGCCACUCCGCCCUCGCCCUCACCGCCACCGACUUCGGCCUCUCCUCCGCCACCCUCCUCGACGCCAAAUGGAACCCCUCCCUCUUCCUCCCCUGCUACAACGCCGUCUCCCUCGAGACCUUCCACUCCCUCCUCUCCCACGCGCGCCUCGCUUCCAUCGGCCCCAGGGUUUUCAUCGUCGGAAGAGACGCCACGCUGCGGUACGACACGUGGACGGCCACGGUCACCCCGCGGUCGACCAUGAUUUUCCCGCGCAAAAAAUUCGCCCUCGCCGCGGUUUCCGGGAAACUCUACGUCGCCGGCGGUGGCUCGAGGACCGCCGCGGUGGAGGAGUACGAUCCUGAAACCAACACAUGGCGCGUGGUGGCUAACGCGCCGAGGAGGAGGUACGGCUGCAUUGGCGCUUCUGCAGAUGGAAUCUUUUAUGUGAUUGGUGGGUUGAGGAUUGGCGCGUCGGUGAACGAACUCUCACGCGCGGGGGUUGCUGCGGAGGCUCACGCGGCGGUUUAUGCUAGCUCGAUGGACUUGUUUGACGUGGAGGCGGGCGCGUGGCUUCGGAGUCGGGCGGUGCCGGGAGGUGGUUGCGUGGUGGCGGCUUGUGCUGCGGCGGGGCGCGUGUACAUGUUGACGAGCCACGCGGUGGAGCUUUCGUUUUGGAGUUUCGAUGCGAGGAGGAAAUGUGGUGGCGGUGGUGGUCGCAGUGGCGGCGCGUUUGGAGAGUGGUGCAGGAUUAAGAGCCCGCCGCUGCGGGCGCAGGUUAGAGUGGACACGAGAAUGAGGUUCAGUUGCGUGGGAAUUGGGGAGAAGGUGGUGCUGAUUCAAUUGGCGGGGUGUGGGAAUGAUGGGAGGGGCUCAAGAGAAGGGGCUGUUUUGGUGUAUGAUUGCGCCACCGGAGAAUGGGGCAAAGGGGCUGAUUUACCGGAGGUUUAUCGACGCGCCGCCUAUGUGGGUGUGGAAUGCUAAGAUGCGCCGGUGAAGUGGAUCAUUGUUGCGUGAAAGCUCAUAGGGUAGGGGGAAUCUAGCUAAGGUUGUGGGGUAUUUUGGGAACUCAACUUUGGUUAAUCUUUGGGAAUGAGCAUUUCCUUCUUGUGAUUGGCCUAUUUUGGCUUGUUCUUUGCAAUUUAGUUUAGAUUUGUUUUCUAAAAAAAAUAUUCACAUUUAUAGUUAAUGAAUCUAUCAUCUACAUUGAUUUAAAUUCAAUCCUAUCUUUGUUAAUAGA